UGGCAGGCAGAUCACCCUUUGAUACUUUUAAUUCUGGGCCGGGUUGUUUGAAGCUGGGUUAAGAUAACCCAAGGUUAAUCCAAAACUUGAACUCGGAUAUGAGAGCUUAAAAGCAAAUCCAGUUUAAUUCUCUUUGCCUAAAUUAUGAUGACUGGAUACUCUAAAAAGAAUAGAGAAAUAUUCAAGAAAGUGCUUUUGAUCAAAAGAAAAAGAAACCCAGUUUAAAACUUUACCCCAAGUUAGCGUUGAUCUCCAUUCUAACAACUAGGCCCUGAGUCUUAAGAUAUCGAGAGUUACCUUGAGCUGUUACAAGAAUAUUUCAUUGCUAACGAUAUUAAGAACGAUUCAGACAAUGCCACUAAGUGAAGAGCGAUACUUCUUACCUCUAUUGGCAGCAGUGCUUAGGAGUAUCGAAAGAUUUAUCCUUCCCAGAAGAGCCAGACAGGAAUACCUACGACCAGCUGGCAACUCUACUGCAGGGUCAUUAUAA